UUUUAAUGCAGCAGAGCAGAGGAAAGUGAGAAAACGGUGGAUGCGCAUAUCUGAGAGCGAGAGGUGUCUGCUCUGCCCCGGGACAGGUCAUAACGCCAGCGUCGUUUCGUAACACGCCAAUGCCAACCAAAAAAGACACGUCGUUUUUGCCCUACCAAUGAAAAAACAAAUGGCGGGUGAAAUUAAAUUUUGAGUGAACGACAGACAUGAAAUAUCGCAAACACUCUUAACCGUCUUCCUUCCAAGUCCCAACCUCCCUCCAAACGCGCUCCAAAUAUUAUUAUUUAUUUUUCACUUUCCCUUUCUCUCUCUCUCUCUCUCUCUCUGUUUUCUCUUCCUUCCUUUCUCUCCAACCAACCGUUAGACACAUAGCGAUUCCUUUCUCUGCGAGGACCAACACGAACACGAAGAUUUCUCGAAAAUGCGUUUCGCAAAUCUCGAUGACACUCCAAUGUUCCGCCAGCAGCUCCAGUGUUUGGAGGAAAGUGCAGAAUCGUUGCGCGUGAGAUGCUGCAAGUUCUACAAAGGAUGUCGAAAGUAUACGGAAGGUCUUGGCGAGGCUUAUGACGGGGACAUUGCAUUUGCAAGUGCCAUAGAAAAUUUUGGAGGAGGGCACAAUGAUCCUCAUUUUGUUGCUUUGGGAGGACCUGUUAUGACCAAAUUUACUAUAGCAUUGAGAGAAAUCAGUACAUACAAGGAGCUGCUCCGGUCUCAAGUUGAGCACAUUUUCAAUGACCGGUUAGUACCCAUUGUCCAUGUUGACAUCCAUGAAGUCAAGGAAGCUCGUAAACGUUUUGAUAAAGCCUCCCUUGUAUAUGACCAGGUGCAUCUCAUUUUCCUAAGAAGGUUACACAGUGCACGUGAAAAGUUUAUGUCACUAAGAAAAAGCACUAGGAUUGACAUUGCCACUGUCAUAGAAGAGGAAUUGCAGGAUGCAAGAGCAUCAUUUGAGGAAGCCCGUUUCAAUCUGGUUGGCACUCUUAAUAACAUUGAGGUCAAAAAGAGAUUUGAGUUUUUAGAGGCUAUGGCUGGAAUUAUGGAUGCUCAUCUUCGACACUUUCAACAGGGGUAUCAGCUACUACAUCAGAUGGAACCUUUCAUUAGUGAGGUUAUGGAUUAUGUACAUCAGUCGAGAGAAAGUUACAAUAAGGAGCAAAUUUCACUUUAUAAAAGAAUGCAAGACUAUAAAAGACACGUUUACGAAGAAAGUAGGUUGUCCUUGAAUGGUCCUUAUGGUUCCCCUAGUAGAGACUCUGCACAUCCAUUUUCUAGGAUAUCAAAUGAAGUGGCAGAUGUAGUUAUGGAAUCUGCUGCAAACGGAAAGGUUCAAAUCAUUCGACAAGGAUACCUUUCAAAACGAUCCUCCAAUUUGAGAGGUGACUGGAAAAGAAGGUAUUUUGUUCUUGACAGUCGAGGAAUGUUGUAUUACUACCGCAAACCAUGGAGUGGAUCACAUGGCAGCAAUCAACCAUCUCCAAAGAGGAUUAGUGGCGAUGGUUCUGGGCUUCUGAGUCGAUGGCUUUCUUCUCAUUACCAUGGGGGUGUCCAUGAUGAAGCACGUCAUACAGUAAACCUGCUGACAUCAACAAUCAAGGUUGAUGCUGAUCAGUCAGAUUUAAGAUUCUGCUUCAGGAUUAUUUCUCCAUCAAAGAACUAUACAUUGCAGGCAGAAAAUGCAGUGGACCAAAUGGAUUGGAUGGAAAAGAUAAAUGGAGUAAUUGCCUCCUUGUUGAGUGUCCAGACAUUGGGAAUGCCUUUCUCAGCUGACUCAGAAAACGAUGACUCUCACUCUGACGACAAUAUUGAUAAGUUAGGAAGUUCCCCAGAUGGUGAACACACUGGGACCAUAAAGUCUUCAUCCAAGAAUUCCAGCCCUAAUCAGUUACGUUCGUUUAGAAGUUUGCAGUUGCAUAAGCACAGUAUAAGAAUUGAAAAGCCAAUUGAUGCUCUUAGAAAGGUGAGUGGGAAUGACAAAUGUGCUGAUUGUGGUAAACCUGAACCAGACUGGGCAUCCCUAAACCUUGGCAUCCUUAUAUGCAUCGAAUGUUCUGGUGUUCAUCGAAAUCUUGGUGUACAUAUAUCAAAAGUAAGAUCACUGACACUUGAUGUCAAAGUCUGGGAUCCCUCUAUCAUAAGUAUGUUUAAGUCAUUAGGAAAUCUUUUUGCAAACUCAGUUUGGGAGGAGCAACUGCAUUCACCAAGUAAUUUGCAAACUGUUGACACCCGUGCUGGUUCAUCCAUGGAAAAUGGAGAGGAGCUAUUUCAUGCAAGAAAACCAAAACAUGACGAUUCUAUUUCAUUAAAGGAAAGGUUCAUUCAUGCUAAGUAUUCUGAGAAAAUAUUUAUUCACCGGACAAAGAAAAACCACCCUCCCCGUUCACUGGCACAGCAGGUGCAGGAAAGCAUCUGUGCCAAUGACAACAAAGCAGUGUACCAGCAUAUUGUCAAGUCGGAUGUUGACAUCAAUGCCAUCAGUUGUCAACCAUUGUCUGGUAACUCUUUCAACCUGGCUUCUUCAAGUAAUUUAAACAUUGCAUCUCAAAGUGAAAAUCAGCUCUUUAAUGGUUCUGGCGUGCUUCACCUAGCAUGCCUAACUUGUGACGUUGGCAUGGUGGAUCUGCUCCUACAGCAUGGAGCAGAUAUAAAUGCUUGUGAUUCUAAAGGUCGGACACCACUACAUUAUUGUAUUAUUGGAGGGAAGACCGCAACUGCAAAAGUUCUCAUCAUGAGGGGGGCCAAUACAUAUAUCGCAGAUAAAGAAGGCAACACUCCUCUUAAGCUUGUAUUAGAAUCCGGUUCUGUUGGCAAUGAAAUUCUCCCUCUCUUGGCAAGCAGAUGACAUGCCCAAAAUCUUACCAUAAGCAAUCAUUAAAUCCAUGUUUCAGAUAGACAAUCACUAGCCAACUAGCCAUACAUACGAGCAAAAGGGGCCUGGAGCAAGUGGUUUAGUUUAUUGGGCCCAUCUUGUAUAGUAACUAUCUUCUUAACUGAAGGAUGUGAUGGGCUGAUUGUGGGGUUUCGCGUCUAUUCCAAUGUUCUACUUUGCAGCCUCCAUCCUCAUUUAAUUUUUGGGACUGGAAUCAUUGUCAUGUACUCCAAGGACUGUAUAUAAGUUACUUAAAUGAUUAUUUCAACAUGGUGCUAAGUUCCUUGGAAAAAAGAAGAAACAGAAGAAGGAGAAGAGACAAAAUAAUAAUAAUAAUAAAUAAAAAGAGAGGUUUAAUGUAUGGAUCUUAAUCAAGUAUGGCCCAGUUACAAAAGAGAAAUGUAAGGGACGGCGUUCCCAAAACGUGGAUCUUAAUUAAGUUGUUGAUUAUGACAGAAUUGUUAGGUUCAAUGUUCCAUCAAGUAGCAUAAAAAUUCAUCACUUUUUAA